GCUCGCCUCCUCCUCCUCCCCCCCCCCUCUCCUCCUCUUCCAAUUCAAUCCACUGCUGCAAUAUUCACAUCAAAUCAAAUCUUUUCUUCUCUCGCAUCGCAUCAUGCCGCCCCGCUUUUCGAAUUUCCCUUGUUUUUUUCCUGCCCCAAGGGUUAGGGUUUUGGGAUGGCGGAUCGGCAGCAGUCGGAGGAGCCGGAGGAGCAGGUGGACCUGGAGGGGGACGACGACAUGAUUGACGACCGCCGUGAGGACUCCGACGACCCGGAGGAGGAGGAUCCCGACGAGAGGCAGGCGGAGGGCGACGGCCGCCAAGAGGACGCGGAAGGGACGGAGGCUGACGGUGGGGAGCCUGCCGCGGGGGGUGAAGGCGGCGGCGAUGAGAUGGACAAGGCUGGCGGCGACGCGGGGCCCGAGGACGAGGAGGAGAAGAGGAAAUGGGACGAGCUGCUCGCCCUGCCGCCUCAGGGGUCAGAGGUGUUCAUUGGUGGCCUCCCCCGCGACACCACCGAGGAAGACCUCCGCGAGCUAUGCGAGUCGUUCGGCGAAAUCUAUGAGGUGAGGUUGAUGAAGGAUAAAGAGACGAAGGAGAACAAAGGUUUCGCAUUUGUCACCUUCGCUGAUAAGGACAUGGCUCAGCGUGCUAUCGAGGAUUUACAUGACAAAGAACACAAGGGGAGGACACUGCGUUGCUCAUUGUCGCAGGCAAAGCACAGGCUAUUCGUUGGCAAUGUACCCAAGGGGUUGGGUGAGGAGGAGCUGAGAAACAUAAUCCAAGGGAAGGGGCCAGGUGUUGUGAACAUUGAAAUGUUCAAGGAUUUACAUGACCCAAGCCGUAACCGUGGGUUCCUCUUUGUUGAGUAUUAUAACCAUGCUUGUGCAGACUAUGCCAGGCAGAAAUUGUCAGCACCAAACUUUAAGGUUGAUGGUAGCCAACUGACCGUCAGCUGGGCUGAACCUAAGGGUUCAUCAUCAGAUUCUUCUUCUGCAGCUGCCCAGGUAAAGACUAUAUAUGUGAAAAACUUACCUGAGAAUGCUUCGAAAGAGAAUAUUAAGGAGAUAUUUGAAAAACAUGGAGAGAUCACAAAAGUUGUUUUACCACCUGCAAAGCCUGGGCAUAAGAGAGAUUUUGGUUUUGUUCACUUUGCUGAAAGAUCAAGUGCAUUGAAGGCAGUUAAAGGAAGUGAAAAAUAUGAAAUUGAUGGGCAAGUGCUGGAAGUAUCCAUGGCCAAACCUUUGGCAGACAAGAAGCCUGAUCACUCGGUCAGGCCUGGAGGAGCUCCAAAUUUUCCUCUUCCUCCUUAUGGUGGUUACAUGGGAGAUCCAUAUGGUGCUUAUGGUGGUGGUGGUCCUGGAUUCAACCAGCCUAUGAUAUAUGGUAGAGGACCAGCACCAGCUGGAAUGAGGAUGGUACCAAUGGUGCUCCCUGACGGUCGUCUGGGAUAUGUUCUGCAACAACCAGGUGGAAUGCCCCCUCCACCGCCGCCGCGACGGGGUGACCGAUGGGACGGUGGCAGCCGAGGUGGCGAAGGGAGUCAUGGCCGGCGAUAUCGCCCUUACUAGCUUUUCCAUUCCCUUGUGCCACCAUCCUGCCAUCAUGCAAUGUGAUGGAUAUGUUAACUUAUGAGACAAGAUAGAAGAAGCUUGUAUCCCUGUUUCACCAAUAACACCUGCAAUAGAGACAUGUACCAUCGCUCUUUUUCUUUUCCCCUUGUUAUACUCAUUCGAUGUGACAUCUGGUGCUUGUGAGUUGUGACCUGUAAACAGUGUGUUCAAGCUUUGUAUCUGUCGCGGCGCCUCAAGGGGUAAACCGAUGUAACUGAAGAAUUAUAUGCAGACAUCCGGUUGGACCUACCUACCUUUUCUUUCCAUUUGCAAA